AUGAUCAUGGGCAACCGCUUCACAGGCUUGGAAGUCCUCGUACCAUACCUCGACUCGUUCAACGCCAUCAUCAUUUCGCCUGAGUAUCGCCUUGCACCGGAACAUCCGUCUCCAAUUCCGUUCGAGGAGGCCUACGCAACACUCAAGUGGACUGGAGACAACCUCAAGGACCUCUGCAUUGACCCAGCUCGAUUAAUGCUCGCUGGAACCUCUGGAGGUGGCGCGAUAUGUGCUGGGGUAACCCUUCUAGCUCGUGAGCGUGGUGGACCGAAGGUGUGCGGUCAGCUACUCGUAGCUCCAAUGUUGGACGACCGCAACGAGAGUGUGAGUGCCUGUCAGUUUGACGAAGGAGGUCGAUGGAGCACUCGCAGCAACCGCUUCGCUUGGAGCUGCGCGUCCGGUCGAGCCACAGAUCUAUCGGGUCUGCCAUCGACGUACCUCGAAGUGGGGUCGGCCGAGGUGUGUCGAGACGAAGUGGUUGCGUACGCGAGCAAGUUGUGGGCGAGCAGGGUGCAAGCAGAGCUCCACGUUUGGCCCGGUGGAUACCACAACUUCGCUGCUCAUGCCGAGUUGUCGAAGAAAGCUCUGCGUGCCAGACGCCAGUGGGUCGAGUCCCUGUUGAGCAAAUCCAAGACUCGUCCCAAGACUGAGCAAGACAUCUGA